AUGGGUCGACUGAGUAGGUUUCUGUCCGACGCGGAGAAAGCAGUGAGGCAAGCUGGGAGGGACUUGCAGCAGCAGCAACAAGCUGCUGGGUACCCUCAGUCGCAGCAAGGACAACAGGCCCAACAGUAUCGCAAUUCCCCCGGAUAUCUAGUGCAACAUCAACAGCAGCAGUACUAUCAGAACUACUCUCCUCCGCCAGUGCAAACUCAAGCGGAAUUCCAGGGUUCACCUGUAGUCUCACCUCCGCAGCAGGUGCAGUAUCACCAGCAACAACAAUACCCUUAUCAAACUCAACAGGCCCGUCAAGAGCUCCCAGCGGAAGGAAGUGCUCCAGUACCUCAACGUGCUGAAAUGUCUCCUAAUCCGGCCGUCUCCAGCAGAGGUCCCAACACCGCGAUGCCAUUGGGAAUUCAGCCGAUAACAGAAUGUAUCGACAUGCCAUUCUCACUACCGGUCUACUGGUUCAUCCACAGUUCCUUUCCAGACUUUUUCAUCUGCAGUCGCUGCUACGCAGAUCAUAUUCUCAAGUCACCUUUCCGAGACACUUUUACACCAGUAUGGCACGAUGACAGAGUUGAACGACAAUGUCUGUUCGGAACGCCUCGCGUCAAAGACAAUCUUUGGCCAGCUUCUCUGUCAUCGAUGAGUCUUGACCAUAUGAUGAGCUUCAUGGCCAUGCGGCCUGCACUAGUUCAUUGUUCAGAAGAUAAGUCAGUCGAGGGGCAAGAGUGGUACUAUCCGCCCGAUCGACCAGAGAUGGCAAUUUGCAAGCCUUGCUAUGAGGAUCAUUUCAAGCAUACCUCAUUCGGCAACAGGUUCAGUACGCACACACCUCAGGGCGCUGCAAGCUGUGAUCAUAACCUCUGGUACAUACGCCGCAUGCUAAAGCUCCAUGCACCAAAUAACAACUGGACGGCUUUUACUACGGGGUUCUACAAGAGGCUACAGCUCCCACCAUGUCCCAAAGCACAACCGAUCGCAGGUCCGGAGAGGACUUGGUUUACGUCCUCUCAAGGUCCUUCAGGCUUCGCGGUCUGCGAGGCGUGUUAUUGGGAUUACUUCCACGAGUCUCCCGAAAGUCAAUCCUUCCGUUCAGCUCGUCUUGGGCCUGCACGGGAAGCAUCGUGUGACAUGGGGCAGGCCAACAUGCUCAUCCCAAUGGUCCGGGCGGUUGAUAAGGGCAACUACUCCAAGUUCUGGAACAUUCUUCAAAACCUUUCACAACACCCCCCUUGUGGUCCUCAGGGUGCAAAGGACAUUCGCUGGUAUACGCUUCCAAGUGAUCCUCCGGAAUUUGAGAUUUGCGCAACGUGUAUGGCGGGCACUGUAACUGCCAUGGACAUGACUCACUUCUUCAAAGUCAAACAGUCUGUUGGGCCAUCUGAGCCUCGUCUCUGUUCAUUCAACUUGCCUGGAUGGUCGCGUGGGGUUCUCUUUUUGCAGAAGUUUGCGGAGGCAGCUUACAUCAACGACUGGCGACCACUCAGCGAAUUGGCAGUGAAUCUCAGUACCGCACCAUCAUGUCCCAAGAUUGAUCUCGAAUUGGCGAAGAACCGUCGAUGGUGGGGAUGGGACAAUGUCCAUAUCUGUCAGGAAUGCUAUGUCAUCGUAGCAAAAGACACGAAGCUGGAGAAACACUUCAACAUGAAGGGAGGUCAGAUCGCUGAGUCCCGACUCUGUGAUCUCUACUCCCCUCGCAUGCGUAAACUCUACAAAGAAGCCUGUAGAACUCAAGACCUGGUAUCCUUCCUAUCUUUCGCCCGUCAACGCCGCGAGGUCUAUCUCCGGACAGUCCCCGAAAUGAACAGGAUGCUAGCAGCAGCCAAACAUGCUCUCAGCCAGGCUGAAACACUCGGCCUCGCAGCCGUAACGUUCAGCGCAGCUGGGAAUUUGAACGCAACGAACUUUCACUAUGAUUAUACGGUGGGAAACUCGACGGUUGGGCAUGGAUAUCAGAAUGAGCAAUUGUUACAGGCGGCGAUGGCAGAUCAUUCGAUGCAGCAGGUUGGGGCUGCUGCGACCGGUCCGGCGGCUGUGGCGAGGGUUGGUGUUCUGGAGAGGAUGUGGAAACAGGUUGAAUAG